UCAAAUUAUGUUUAAUUUUUAUGAUUCGAAUAAUACUCUUAAUUUAUUUAUUUUUUCUUCUAAUGCCAUUUAUUGAUGACGAGACUAAAAGACGUUUUCUUAUUUUUUAUUUAAAUACUACCCUUCAGUUUGAGUUAUUCUUUUUUAUUACUGUUGAUACAUCCCUUCUACGACAGUCACGUUAUUAUUUGUUAUAUUUAACUGUUAUUUGAUCCUAGAAAAGGAAGAAAAAAUAUAUAACAAAAGAUAUUAUUUUUAACUAAUACAGCUUCCACCUAUUAGAAUAAAAAAUAAACACACAUGCUGUCCCUCGCUAGUUUAGACACUAUAGCCAAUCUCUAUUAUGUAUAUCUGAUAUCUAUGGUCUGGCGGCCAUACUGGCUGCUUAUUUAUGCUUGGCGGUAAUUUUAGUCCAUAACCUCAACAAUACCCCGUUAAGGGAAUAAAUACUUCUCCUUAUUUUUUUGUAAAUAUUUAGUGUUUGCUGUAUAUUUUUUCUUGCAUUUUAAUUAUGGAAGGUUUCGACGAUGCCGGAAUCUUCUUUAGUGACAAUCUUGCUGGAGAUACACAAGACACAAAUCAAGUGAACCUGAAAGUUAUCAAAAAGAAGUUUAAAGAAUUUAUGAGACAGUUCCAUGGGGAAAACUUCAACUACAAAUACAGAGAUACUCUGAAGAGGAACUACAAUUUAAAACAGUAUUACCUAGAGGUGAACAUUGAAGACCUUGCUAGUUAUGAUGAAGUUUUGGCAGAAAAGCUUUACAAGCAACCAACGGAACAUCUUCCAGUGUUUGAGUCGGCUGCUAAAGAGGUUGCUGAUGAAUUAACAGCCCCUAGACCUGAAGAAGAGAAAAAUGUUGAAGAUAUUCAAAUUAUACUUUUAUCAGACUCUCGGCCAUCUAGUUUGCGUGAAUUAAGAUCUAAUUGUGUUUCACGUUUAAUUAAAAUACCUGGCAUAAUUGUAAGUGCAUCUGGAAUUAAAGCCAAGGCAACUAAAAUAACCAUACAGUGUAGAGAUUGUCACCAUAUGAUUCCCAAUUUGCCUGUAAAGCCUGGUUUUGAAGGUUACAUCAUGCCCAGAAAAUGUAGCACGGAACAAGCUGGACCUAAUAAAUGCUCUUUGGAUCCCUACUUUAUAAUUCCGGAUAAGUGUCAAUGUGUAGAUUUUCAAGUUUUGAAACUUCAAGAGCUUCCUGAUGGUGUACCACAGGGAGAGAUUCCAAGGCACCUGAACCUUUACUGUGACAGAUAUUUGUGUGAGAGGGUUGUUCCUGGAAAUCGAGUGUUUAUUUUUGGUAUUUACUCUAUUAAGAAGGUGUCCAUUGGUUCAAAGAGAGAUGGACAAAAGGCACUAACAGGAGUUAGAUUUCCUUACAUGAGAGUUAUUGGUAUACAACAUGAUACUGAAGGUUUGGGAUCAUCUGGUGUGGGGGCUGUUACUACAGAGGAAGAAGAUUUGUUUAAAAGAUUGGCAGCAUCUCCCAAUAUAUACGAAAAAAUUGCCACUAGCAUUGCACCAUCUAUUUAUGGGGCUGUGGAUAUUAAAAAAGCAAUUGCUUGUCUGCUAUUUGGGGGCUCCAGGAAAAGACUUCCUGAUGGUCUGACUCGCAGAGGAGAUAUAAACAUUUUACUUCUCGGUGAUCCUGGUACCGCAAAAUCGCAACUGUUGAAGUUUGUAGAGCGUGUGGCUCCAAUCGGAGUUUAUACUUCAGGAAAAGGGAGCUCAGCUGCUGGUCUAACAGCAUCUGUCAACAGAAAUCCUGCUACUCGAAAUUUUAUUAUGGAAGGCGGUGCAAUGGUUCUUGCAGAUGGCGGAGUUGUUUGCAUUGAUGAAUUCGACAAAAUGAGGGAAGAUGACAGGGUGGCAAUACAUGAAGCCAUGGAGCAGCAAACCAUCUCAAUUGCUAAAGCAGGAAUCACAACCACUUUAAAUUCUAGGUGCUCUGUUCUUGCUGCUGCUAACAGUAUCUUUGGUAGAUGGGACGAAACGAAAGGAGAGGAAAAUAUUGACUUUAUGCCAACCAUUCUUUCCCGUUUCGACAUGAUAUUUAUAGUCAAAGACGAGCAUGAUCAACGAAGGGACAUGACGUUAGCCAGGCAUAUAAUUAAUGUUCACAUGAGUGCAGAACAGGUCACUGAAGAACCUAAAGAGGGAGAACUGUCCAUAGAAUUACUAAAAAAAUAUAUUAAUUAUUGCAGAACAAAAUGUGGUCCUCGUUUAAGCCAAGAAGCUGGCGAUAAGUUGAAGAGACGUUAUGUAAUGAUGAGAUCAGGAGCGAGUCAACAUGAGCACGAAAUACAUAAGAAAAACGCAAUUCCAAUAACAGUGAGACAACUGGAGGCUGUAAUAAGAAUUUCUGAAAGUCUGGCCAAGAUGCAGCUACUCCCUUUUGCCACUGAUUCGCACGUCAACGAAGCCCUACGUCUGUUUCAAGUUUCGACAUUAGACGCAGCAAUGAGUGGAAAUCUAGACGGUGCUGAAGGAUUCACGACUGACGAAGAAUAUGAAACAUUAAGCCGAAUUGAGAAGCAACUAAAGAGACGUUUCGCUAUAGGGACGCAGGUUUCACAACAAAAUAUCGUACAAGACUUUGUGAACCAACAGUAUCCUGAGAGGGCUAUUAUGAAAGUCAUAUAUGCCAUGAUUCGAAGGGGGCAACUGCAACAUCGAAUGCAGAGGAGAAUGCUGUAUCGUAUUAGUUAAUUUAUUUCUUUUUCUUUUUUCCUAUCCUUACUUCGCAUUUUUUUUUUAUUUCGAAAUCGUAGUUUUUGUUUGCAUGUUUUAAACGU